CAAACGGAUUUUUUUUUAAAGUCCCUCCUACUCUUCCUCCAGCUUCCCCUUGCCAGAGCCACCUGCCCCUCCCUGUGCUCCCUUCCCCUUUCUCUCCAGCCUUCUGGUUCUGGUUCCCUUGUUACUUCCCUCCCGGCAUCUCUUCUGGAGAGAGUCGUGUCCCAGCUGCCUUGGGAGGGAGAGCUAGAAGCUAGAGGGAGAAAAUUGACCAUAGGCGGACUGGACAGAUUAGAUCAGGGGAAGAAGGAACAGAACUAGUCUUUCUCUGUGGCUCUGUCUCUGUGUCUUUCUGUGUCUGCUUCUCUCUGUCUCUGUCUGUCUCUGUGUCUAACACUAACACACACACACACACACACACACACACACACACACACACACACACACACACACACACCACGUCCUCUCUGAGAACUCAGCUGGCUGGGAGCGCCCACACCCCGCCCCAGCGUGCGUCCAGGCCGGUGGAGCGCAGAUCCAGAUCCCGCUUGGCCGGGUGUUCCCGAGCCUCAGGUGGCGCAGGAGGGAGAGCCCGCGCGUGACAACCCGGCUGUGCACACCGAGACUUUUUUUCAGCCCUCCCGUGCUCGAGGGGAGCGGAGUGGGUGCGUCUGCCACUCAGAGUUCACCUGCCGGUCCUCCAGGGCCGCGCUCCAGCUGUGCCCCGCUCCAGGCGCCUGUUCCGCAGCUGGAGCACCACCGGGGCUCUGCCUACGUCCCUUGCGCCUCUCGAGUGCCCCAGGCGACCCGAAGAAUCGUUGCGCGACAGCGGGAGCUAGCAAUGGCCAGAGCGUGCCGGUUGCUAUGUCUGUGGCUAGGUUGCUUCUACCUGAACCUGGCACAGGGACAGGGUUCGAGCCUUCAUCUACCUGAGCUCCGGAGGGCUGGGGCAGGCGACCAUGAGACAGGUGGUGACCUGAGCCCGGACCUGCGGCCGCAUGACAAGGUGUCCCAGCAUAUGCUGUGGCUCUACGACAGGUACAGCGGCAGCAGCAGAAUUCAGGACACCCGGACACCAGGCUCGCAGCCCCUGGGUCCCCAGCCCCUGCGCGGUGGCAACACAGUCCGCAGCUUCCGAGCCGCAGCCGCAGGAAGUCUUCAAAGACAGGGGUUGCACACUUUUAAUCUGACUUCUUUAACUAAGUCUGAGAACAUUUUGUCAGCCACACUGUAUUUCUGUAUUGGAGAAUUAGUGAACAUCAGCUUGAACUGUCCAGGUUCCCAAAGAUGCUCCCAUCACACACAGAGACAACACAUCCAGAUAGACCUCUCUGCAUGGAUCCUCCAAUCCAAUCAAAGUCAGCCCCUGGGUCACCUCUCAGUAGAUGUGGUCAAAUCUUAUCGAGACAGCAUGUCCUGGCUGUCAAAAGACAUCACUCAGCUUUUAAGGAAGGCCAAGCAAAAUGAGGAGUUCCUCAUAGGAUUUAACAUCACUUCUAGAGCACAUGAGCUGCCCGAGAGGGUACUGCUUUUCCCGGAGCCUUAUAUCUUGGUAUAUGCCAACGACGACGCCAUUUCUGAGCCAGAAAGUGUGGUAUCUAGUUUACAGAGACACAGAGAUAUCCCGGAAGGAACUGUGCCCAAACUGGAUAGUCACAUCAGAGCUGCCCUUUCUGUUGAAAGGAGGAAGAAGCGUUCUACUGGAAUCUUGUUGCCUCUGCAGAACAACGAGCUACCUGGGGCAGAGUAUCAAUACAAGGAGGAUGGAGUGUGGGAACAGAGAAAGCCUUACAAGACCCUUCAGACUCAGCCCCCCGAAAAGAGCAAAAACAAAAAGAAACAGAGGAAAGGACCUCAUCAGAAAGGCCAGACACUGCAGUUUGAUGAACAGACCCUGAAGAAGGCAAGGCGAAAGCAAUGGAUCGAACCUCGAAAUUGUGCCAGGAGGUACCUCAAAGUGGACUUUGCUGAUAUUGGCUGGAGUGAAUGGAUUAUCUCCCCCAAGUCAUUUGAUGCUUAUUAUUGCUCCGGAGCCUGCCAGUUCCCCAUGCCAAAGUCUUUGAAGCCAUCAAAUCAUGCGACCAUUCAGAGUAUAGUGAGAGCAGUGGGGGUCGUCUCUGGAAUUCCUGAGCCUUGCUGUGUGCCAGAAAAGAUGUCCUCACUCAGCAUCUUAUUCUUUGAUGAAAACAAGAAUGUAGUGCUUAAGGUGUACCCCAACAUGACAGUGGACUCCUGUGCUUGUAGAUAACCCAGCAGAGAACAAACUCAAAUGCUCGACCCAAUCAUUAGUUGGGUUUUAUGGACUAUUUUUUCUUCCUUUCUUUCAUUUUUAUUUUUAUUUUUUGCAGUGCCAAUUCAUUUUGCCCCAAAGGAACAAAUAGAGUGAAUAUUUCCACCAAGCAAAACUGAACUAUAUUUUCUUCUAAAUGUAACUGAAAGUAAGAUUUUAGUAUAUGUGGACAUGUAUUUCUUUUUUUAUCGCACAAGGAAAACUAUUACUCAAUCUGUUUCUAGGAGUGUUGGAGAACACGUUGACUUAUUUUUGUAUUGGGCUUUAAAGCUCAAUGGGAAAUAACAGCAAUAACAUCAUUUGUCUCUACUUAUCUAGUGACUAAAGGGACCUAGAUAGGAAUCUUGUGGUUUUAUUAGAUUUCUUGCCUUAGAUUCUCAAGCAACCCAGCCUACUAAACAUCCAGCUGGACUUGAUGUGCAUCGAAAACGUUCCCGAGACCUGUUUACCUUGAUUUUUCUUCACAAUUAUGGUAUGAGUUGAGUUAGUGUAUGCUAAGUGCUAGUGUGUGUAUACGUGUGCCAGGUACCUGUACCUUUGUUAAUUUUUUUCUUAAUGUGGUUCUAUGGCUCUAUAUUCAUGGGAUUCUUUUUUUAAUAUCAUAUUCUGAUGAGACCCAUCCACUGAUGAUCCAACAGUAUGUCAAGAGCAAUGCUUCAUCCAGCCAUCUGAUUGGAUGCUCUUAUUUCAUUGAAUUCCAGAAAAAGAGAAUCAGGAAUUCCAUUUUUGAAAGCCCGGAGUGCUCUUGUACCUCAUUUUCAAACAUGUAUUUUUAUCUGCUCUAAGUGAAUUUUGCAAGUACUUCCUGAAGUUAUUAGCUCUCUAGUCCUCUUGCUAUUAUAAUCUUCAAGUGAUGUUGUCCAUAAAUUGACUAAUUAGUAUUUCAUUUUUAAUUAGUAGCUUCCAUUGAGCUUUGACAUUUUCUUAGCAAUGGGAAUGGAGGUCUGAACAGCUGCUAGCCAUCAUGGCAACAUGCACUAAGUUGGGAGUACACUAUGGUAUACAUGGAAAAAACUGCUAAAAUAUUUUAGUAGUGGGGGUUAAAGUAAAUUGACACUUUAAUUAAUAAAGCCUCAUUUAAUGGAAUAUUUAAAAAGUGUCUAUUUUGCAAUGAGUUAGGUAUAAGUUACCUUACAGUGCCCCAUAAGAUUUUAAGAACUCUCCUAUACAAUAUUGGGAUUGAUGGGGAAAGCAUUGCGAUUUAAAAUGCUAUUUCCCAGAUAAAACCUGCUUGUCCCAUCUCUAUUCUCUCUCCCUUCUCAACCUCAUUCUUCCUCUCUUCCUUCUCAAAAACUGCCCCAGCCAGUCUUACACACAUACACACAGAGAAAGAGAGCAGCAGAGACAGACAGAGAGAGAGAGAGAGAUUAAAAAAAAGAAAGCAAUUGUUUCUUUUAAACAAAAUGUCUACAAAAAUACGCAGGGUUAUUCUUGUGUUGACCAUUUAUUCCUGGGCUCAGGGCCUACCUUGGAGAGUGGUUAAUAUACCCAGUGACACCCCAUUGGAGAAAACUAAUUUUCUCUUUUCAAGAGAGCAUCAUUUGCAGACAGUUUCUUAGUUAGGGGUAGAAACCUAUUUCUACCACCCCCUCUUAGAGCUGGGAUCCCAUCUGGCUUGAAUCUAUGCAUUCUUUUCUGAUAACUGUUUUCUGGAAUUCCAGUUAAGAGAUUACCUAUAUCCAUCCAGUAUUUUAAGAUUUCUUCUUUGUAACCUGUGUAAAUAUUAUGUAAUUCUCAGAAUCUGAUGCUAUAGAAGGAGACUGGAAGAUUGAAUCUCUUAGACCUCAGGAUUGCAGUGUUCCAGAUUAGAUUUUACACACACCUAGCUCUGUAUGAACUCACGAUCAUUUAUUCAUUAAUAUAGUAUUCUACUAUUUCUGUAUAAAAGUCUUAUUACCCAUUUAAUAUUUCAUAUACAGCUAUGAGUAAUACUAUCAUCAGUCUGACUUAUACAAUGUUUAUGUAACUACGUUAUUCAGUUAAUCUCGAAGCUUUAAAUUUUCUCUGUGCUACCAAGUAACAAAUGUCUGGACAUGUUGAAUCAAGGUUGGGUUAGAGAAUAGCUACGCAUACCUGAUAUGUAAGAUGAAUAAGCAGCUAAGUAAGAAAUAUUGGGUAAGUCUGAUUUCUCAGUAUUUUAAUGUAUCUUACAAGGGAUAAAAUUAUCCCCCUUUUCUAAAAAUGAAGCUUUCUCUUCAACUCUUCACACUAAUUUCUGUAAAUGUUUUAGUUGAAAGUUUAAUGCUUGUACAGUCAAUAGCAAUUUAAAUAUAUAUUAUAUGUAUAUGGAAAAAGUUUAAAGAUGCUUUUAAUUUAUUUAAUGACUGUUGCCUUUCUAUAUUAGUAAUUAUUUUCUUCCUUACAAGGUGAGAAAAACAUCUUUAAAAAAAUAAAACUAUAGUUCCUAGAUGGGACAUGACAUUUGGUUCUUGUCAAGUCCAUUUCAAGGGUGUCGCAGUGUAACUGUGAAGGACACUUCACUACUGAUGUAUUAAGCUUUGCUGAUCUUGUAUCAUCUUUCUCCAGUAACGAAGAACUUUUAUUCUUUAUUAAAAAAUAAAAACAGCUUAAUUGAA